UUUGUUGUGAAUCAGUCCGGUCCUGCACUGUAGUUGCUCGGUUGAAGUUACCUGCGGCGGUGGAAUUGGCUACUACCGAGCGGCGCGUGUUGGCUGAACAUGUAGACAGUGUUCUAUUUGGCCUUUAGACCUAUUUAUCCUUAUAUUAUGGCCGAAUUAGACUAUUCGAAAUAGAAGGUCCAUAGACAUUACAGUUCAUUAUAUUUGGCUAGGCGGUGUAGCGUAUUUAUUCACUCUGUUGUGGUAGUAGGCAAAUGUAAAUGUAAAAUGUAAAUGGUAACGUCAGCUGUAGCGAGCAAUUUCGCUUGAGGGAUCCCAAAGAAACUGGCUGGUUGCAGUUCUCUACAGCAGCUACCGGUUGUCGGUAGGCUAUUUGCUGCGACUGAUGCGAAGCGGCUAGUGAGGCUGGAGACAAGAGUCAAGCAAGCGUUGUGCUGUGCUGGGUGUCUGCUCCCUCUGUAGUGGGAUCGGAAUCAGGACUAUGGUUCAUGUUCAUCAUAGAGACAUGUAGCACCUCACUGCCUCAGUAUCCGGACACCUGGACAACUCCAGACACCUGAACACCUCCGGAGACCUGCCAAGCCUGCUGUCUACUCAUGAUUUCUGUGUGGUAGCUGUGGCGAUCUGUUGCUGCUGUAGCCAUGUUUAGGAACAGCUUGAAGAUGCUGCUGACAGGCGGCAAGGCCAACCGCAAGAACCGCAACAGUGAUGGAGGGAGUGAGGACCUGGCAGACCCCCGCUUGCCCAGUGUAGAGCCCCACCAUCACCUGAGCCACACCGGUCAAGGUGGCAGUAUAGACAGUGACUGUGCCUUCGAGUGUGACUAUGCCCUGCCGCCUCUCUCUAUGACUGAGGGCAUCCAGCACAUCCGCAUCAUGGAGGGUGUGUCACGCUCCCUGCCCUCCUCCCCGCUGCUCACACACCAGACCAUCAGCGUCCGGCUGCAGCCCAUCAAGAAGCUCACAGCCCCCCUGCGGAAAGCAAAAUUUGUGGAGAGCCCUCGCAUUCCACAAUCAGAGCUUGGCUCCCCUACGCACACCUCCUGUACUGCCAAGAACCACGGCCUGGAUACAUACUGCCCCGGGGAGUCAAGCGGGGAGCUGGGGCCCCCUCCAUCGGUGGAUGAGGCAGCCAACACAUUGAUGACGCGCCUGGGCUUCCUCUUGGGAGACGAAACUAGUGAGGGGCCAGACGGAGAACAUUACAGCAUGGACGAACAAGACGACAGACAGGACCUGGCUGGUAACCAGAGGAUCAGUCCGUGCUCCACCCUGACCAGCAGCACAGCCUCCCCCCCGGCCGGCUCCCCCUGCUCCACCCUGCCGCCCGGCGCCGAUGGUGCCAUGCCCGGGGGUAACCAGGGCAACAAGGACCAUGCCUACGGAUCUGUCACCAGCCCCACCUCCACCCUAGAGAGCCGGGACAGCGGCAUCAUCGCCACCCUGACCAGCUACUCGGAGAACGCUGAGCGGGGGGGUAAAUAUGGUGAGGGGGGUUUCUCACGCGGCAGUAACCUGAAGUUGUGGCAGAGCCAGAAGUCUGGCACUGACUCGUUCCUCUACCGUGUGGACGAGAACAUGGCUGCCUCCACCUACAGUCUCAACAAGAUCCCAGAGAGACACCUGGACAGCAUGUCCUCCCACUCCGCUCACUCCAUCCCUCUGUACCUCAUGCCUCGCCCUAACUCUGUCGCAGCCACCAGCUCGGCUCACCUGGAGGACCUGGCCUACCUGGAUGAUCAGAGACACACUCCGCUGCGCACGUCGAUGCGCAUGAAUCGGCAGAACACACACACCGGGCCAGGCCACACCCAGACCGACCUCAGAGCUUCUGCUAACAACCAUGCCUGGCAAUCCCAAUCACUGCGGUUUGCCCCAUACCGGCCACCUGACAUCUCCCUGAAGCCCCUCCUCUUUGAGGUGCCCAGCAUCACCAUGGACUCAGUGUUUACCGGUCGUGAUUGGCUGUUCCAGGAGGUCGAUGCCCAUCUCAACAGAGGCAACAACAUCACCAACCUCGGCGUGGUUGUCGUGGGCAACAUCGGCUACGGCAAGACAGCCAUCAUCUCUCGUCUGGUGGCACUGAGCUGCCACGGAAUGCGCAUGAGACAGAUCGCCUCUGACUCUCCGCAGGCCUCUCCCAAACAUGGAGAGCUCCCCCUUACCCAGCCCCAGCCGGCCUAUAGCACGGGUACCCUGGGAGGGGGCAGCUGUCCCGGGACCCCUGAGAUGAGACGACGCCAGGAGGAGGCCAUGAGGAGACUGGCAUCUCAGGUGGUGGCGUACCACUACUGCCAGGCGGACAACGCCUACACGUGCCUGGUGCCGGAGUUUGUCCACAACGUGGCAGCGUUGCUGUGUCGCUCGCCACAGCUCAUCGCCUACAGAGAGCUGCUGCUCAGGGAGCCACACCUACAGAGCAUGCUCAGUCUGCGCUCCUGUGUUCAGGAUCCCCUGGCCUCCUUCAGAAGAGGAGUUCUAGAACCCCUGGAUGCCCUCUACAAAGAGAGGAAGAUCGCCUCUGUAGAUGACCUGGUCAUCCUGAUAGAUGGGCUAAAUGAGGCAGAGUUCCACAAGCCUGACUACGGAGACACCAUUGUCUCCUUCCUCAGCAAAACCAUCAGCAAGUUUCCCCCCUGGCUCAAACUGGUGGUCACUGUUAGGACCACAUUACAGGAGAUCACCAAGCUGCUUCCAUUCCACCGUAUCUCUCUGGAUGGUCUGGAGGAGAACGAUGCUAUAGACCAGGACUUACAGGGUUACAUCCUGCACCGCAUCCACAGCAGUCCUGAGAUACAGAACAACAUCUCUCUCAAUGGCAAGAUGGACAACACCACCUUCGGCAAGCUCUCCGCCCACCUCAAGGCCCUCAGCCAGGGAUCCUACCUGUACCUCAAACUCACCUUUGACCUUAUAGAGAAGGGGUACCUGGUUCUCAAGAGCUCCAGCUACAAGGUGGUGCCCGUCAACCUGGCCGAGGUGUACCUGCUGCAGUGCAACAUGCGUUUCCCUACCCAGUCGUCCUUCGAACGGGCCCUCCCCCUACUCAACGUGGCCGUGGCAUCCCUCCACCCCCUCACUGACGAACAGAUCUACCAGGCUAUCAAUGCCGGCUCCCUGCAGGGCACACUAGACUGGGAGGACUUCACACAGCGCGUAGACAACCUGGCCAUGUUCCUGGUCAAGAGGAGGGACGGGACCAGGAUGUUUGUUCACCCAUCCUUCAGGGAGUGGCUGAUCUGGAGGGAGGAGGGGGAGAAAACCAAGUUCCUCUGUGACCCCAGGAGUGGCCACACCCUGCUAGCCUUCUGGUUCUCUCGCCAGGAGACCAAACUGAACCGACAGCAGACCAUUGAACUGGGACACCACAUCCUCAAAGCACACAUCUUCAAGGGCCUAAGCAAGAAGGUUGGGGUUUCCUCGUCCAUCCUCCAGGGGCUGUGGGUUUCCUACAGCACAGAGGGCCUGUCCACUGCCCUGUCCUCACUCAGAAACCUGUACACUCCUAACAUCAAGGUGAGCCGGUUGCUGAUGCUUGGUGGUGCCAACGUGAACUACCUUACAGAGGUGUUGAACAACGCCCCGGUGCUGUGUGUGCAUGCCCACCUGGGUUACAUUGACAUGGUGGGGCUGCUGUUGGAGUACGGAGCCUCUGUAGACCAGCCCUCAGAGAGCGGUCUCACCCCGCUGGGCUAUGCUGCCUCUGGGGGACACAUGGCUAUAGUCAACACACUGUGUCGCAGGAGAGCCAAGGUGGACCACCUGGAUAAGAAUGGUCAGUGUGCCAUGGUGCAUGCAGCUCUCAGGGGCCACAUAGAGAUGGUCAAGUUCCUCAUCCAGUGGGACUGGGCCAUGGGGCAAAAACAACCACAACAGCAGCAGCAAGGAGCCUUCAGCAAGAGCCACGCCAUCCAGCAUGCCCUCAUUGCUGCAGCUAGCAUGGGAUACACAGAGAUUGUGUCCUACCUGCUGGACCUGCCAGAGAAGGAUGAGGAGGAGGUGGAACGUGCUCAGAUUAACAACUUUGACACCCUGUGGGGAGAGACAGCUCUGACGGCAGCGGCAGGCCGGGGGAAGCUAGACGUCUGCAGACUACUGCUGGAGCAAGGAGCAGCUGUGGCUCAGCCCAACAGACGAGGCAUCAUACCCCUGUUCAGUGCUGUCCGACAGGGAAACUGGCAGAUCGUGGACCUGCUCCUUACUCACGGAGCAGACGUGAACCUGGCUGACAAGCAGAGCCGAACCCCUCUGAUGAUGGCUGCAUCAGAGGGUCACCUGGGCACUGUGGAGUUCCUACUGGCACAGGGUGCGUCCCUGUCUCUGAUGGACAAGGAGGGGUUAACGGCUCUGAGCUGGGCGUGUCUGAAGGGACACCUGCCCGUGGUGCGCUGUCUGGUGGAGCAGGGGGCUGCUACGGACCAUGCUGAUAAGAACGGACGCACGCCCCUCGACCUGGCCGCCUUCUACGGGGACUCCGAGGUGGUCCAGUUUCUAGUGGACCAGGGGGCGAUUAUAGAGCAUGUGGACUACAGUGGGAUGCGUCCUCUGGACCGGGCCGUGGGCUGCAGGAACACCUCCGUGGUGGUUGCCCUGCUCAAGAAGGGAGCAAAGAUAGGAUGUCAGACGCUGCCCAGUCGGCCCAGAGGUCCAGCCACGUGGGCCAUGGCUACCUCCAAACCUGACAUCAUGAUCACCCUACUGAGCAAGCUGAUUGAGGAGGGAGACAGCUUCUAUAAGAAAGGGAAAGUGAAGGAGGCAGCGCAGCGGUAUCAGUACGCCAUCAAAAAGUUCCCCCGUGAAGGCUUCAGUGAGGACCUCAAGACUUUCAGGGAGCUCAAAGUGUCCAUCUUCCUCAAUCUGUCCCGAUGUAGGAGGAAAAUGAACGACUUUGGGAUGGCUGAGGAGUUUGCUACAAAGGCGCUUGAAUUGAAACCAAAAUCCUACGAAGCGUACUAUGCCAGAGCCCGUGCCAAGCGUAGCAGCAGGCAGUUCCCUGAGGCCUUGGAGGACCUGAAUGAAGCCAUGAAGCAGAGCCCCAACAACCGUGAGAUCCAGCGCCUCCUGCAGCGGGUAGAGGAGGAGUGUCGUCAGCUCACCCAGGAGGAGGAGGACGCACAGAAGCUGGAGCCUCCCCCGUCUCCUCCCCCAUCGCCUCCCCCAGAGGAGGGGGAGGAGGAGGCGAUGACCCUGUCCUCCCUCCCCCUCCCCCUGGAGCUCCCCCCUCCCCCAGAGCCUCGGCUGGAGGACAUGGAGCCGGUCCAGGAUCUGUUUGAGGACGAGGACUAUCUGGAGCUGGAGGCCAUGUCUAUGGGGAGUAUGAGUUCUAUGGGUCUGGCCCUCGAGAGGGAGCCCCGCUCCAACCCCUCCAGUCUGCCUAUCAUCCAGAGCCCACCUCUCUCUCCGACCAACCACCACCACCCCUACCAUCACCAGGACCAGGCCUACCUGUCAGGGGGCUCCACCAUGGGCCAGGCUUACGACUAUGGCCACCCCAGCCCCACCUCCAUGUCCUCCCCCGGCAGCCAGAACUACCAGCCGCCAUCGCCCCCCUCCCUCUCCCCCACGCACCACAACUCCCACUACCGACACAGCCCUCCGCAGACCUCCCCGGUGCACCAGACCACCUACCACUUCAGCCCCCCGCCCAUGGGAGGCAAUGGAGGAGGGGGGCAGGGGACGGACCACGGAUACCAGAGCCCCCCGCUCUCCCCCCUGCGUCGGGGUGGGGUACAAAGCCAGUACAGAGCCAGCCCCCCGGUGGAGAGUGUGUGUCUGUACAGGUCCCAGUCAGGCUCUCCGGUGCGCUACCAGCAGGAGCAGCCUCCCCUGUCCAAGAUGAGCAGCCAGAGGUCCUUCCAGCUGAGCUCACAGCCCUCCCUGCACCACCAGGCCUCCCUGCACCACCAGGCCUCCCAGCACCAUGACACCCUCCAGACACACCAGCACCACCAGGUCUCCCAACUGCACCACCAGGUCUCCCAACAGCACCACCAGGUCUCCCAACAGAACUCCCAACAGCACCACCAGGCCCAACUACACCACCAGGCCUCCCUGCACCACCAGGCCCAACAGCACCAGGCCCAACAGCACCACCAGGCCCAACAGCACCACCAGGGCCUGCGCCUCCAGCCCUCCAUGGCCCAGAUUGUUCGCACCAACCAGCCCAGCAACGCAUACGGCCAGAUGGGCCACCCCACGCGCUACCAGGGGGGCUCCAUGGACGUGCCGAUGGAGAGCCAGAGCCGAUUGAUGUACCAGCCCUCCCUGGAUGGUCGCUCCAUGCCCCAGUCCAGCCUAUCAGCUGGGGCCCUCUGUCAGCACGGGGGCCGAGGAGGGGUCAUAGAGGGACUGAUGAAGGAUGAGCUACCCCAGCGCCCCUCCUCUGCCUACCGUGCCAGCAGUGGGGGGGGACAAGGGGGCCAGGUCCAGGGGGGGGUCCGCUACAGCCAGACCCCCCAGAUUAGCCGCAGCCAGUCAGCCGCCUACUACCCUGUCGCCAAGCACGAGCUGGAGCGCCAGAACAGUGCCAUGCCCCAGUGCCAGCUGGGAUCGCCAGAGAUCGGCCACAUGGUGAGGCGGCCCAUCAGUGCCAUUACCCCAGAGAUCAAACCGCACAUGUCCACUCCGCGGCCCCUCAUCCACUCCCAGAGCGUGGGCCUCCGCUUCUCCCCCUCCAGCAACAACAUCUCCAUGGGGGGCUCCAGCUGUAAUCUAGCCCCAGGCUUCAGGCCUUCCUCUUCCGUCCAGGGGAUGGAGAUCCCGCUACAGGUGGCCUACGAGGGCUACGAGGAGUACGAGCACUCCUGUAACGAUGACAUCUCCCCAGUCUCGCCCGCCCAGGGAGGUGGUGGGGGGCUGUACCAGGGCGAGGGCACCCGCUCACGGACCACGCCCUUUAUGGGCAUCAUAGACAAGACGGCGCGGACUCACCAGACUCAGUACCUGCAGCAGCCCUCCUCCCAGCGGCCCUGGGCCAUGACCUCCAUGGACUCUGGCAUCAGCCCCACGUCGCCCGGCCAGCUGGUCCAGCAGGGCUCGUCCUACAGCCCCCCCACCUCGCUGGGGAACAUCGCCUACUACAACAAGACUAACAACGCCCAGAACGGACAACUCCUGGAGGAGGACUACUACCCACAGCAGCAGCAGUCAUCCCUGGGCAAGCUGGCCAACGGCAGCUCCCGGGGCGGAGGAGGGGACAUCCUGGAGAGGGUGAGCCAGGUGCCCACCUAUCCAGACGUGAAGGUGGCCAGGACUCUGCCCGUAGCUCAGGCCUACCAAGACAACAUGUACCGACAGCUCUCCCGUGAUAUGUCCCGUGACUCUAGGCAGGGUCCAACCUCCCCCAUCAAACCAAAGAGACCUUUCGUGGAGUCGAAUGUGUGAAUGUCCAGUCCACAGCCGGACUGAGCGUGUGAGUGGGAGGGGAAGAAAGGGGGAGGGGGAAGUUGAGUUGGGCUGGUGACCUUGUCUGACAUUGAUGAGGAACACAUAAUACAAAGACAGAGUACAGCCCCACUCACACAGAAAGCAGUGUCUACAAUAGGCACACACUGGCGGUAGGAGUCAUACAGUACAUAGAUACUAAAUACUAACACGUGAGAGAUUGUACUAUUUUGUUGUUAAACUUCAACUCUGCACACAUAGAAAUAGAAAGAUAUGUCAUUGAAAGGUGAUGACAGGGCCAGUGCUGAUCACACCCAGGGUCAGAGGCCCUAACACUUUUAUAGGGGGGUGUGUGGCACAACUUUCUCCCCAUUUGGGGAGGUCUUGUGUGGGGUGGUGAGAGUGAAACUGGGGGCCCUUACCUUACUGUACCUGUGGACUCUCUAACCAUCUACCAUCUUCUAUCCUUAAAAUACAAAGUGUGCACUUAUUCAAGGUUGCUAGACUCUCUGUAAUACAAUACUAAUAUGUUCAAUACUGUAAAUGGAAAUUACAACUUGACAGUGCUUAGAGAAAAAAAGUAUAAUAUUUAUUAUUAAGCUAUAUACGUAUAAAAACAUAACAUAGUUUGCAUUUGGAUUGUAUUUCUGUUUUGCCAUGUUGUUAGCCUUUUGUCCUAAUAGUCAUGCAACGACAGGUUUUGAAGAUUUAUGCUGCAUUCAUGACAUGUCGGCCAGGGAAACUGAUAUUUCCGACUUGGAAACUCAUUGUAGAAAAAUGAUACCCGACUUUCCGACUUGGAAACUAUCAGAAUCAACCAAGAUGAAGCUCUACGCAAAUAACUUAUGAUAAUUUCAACUCUGAAAUAGGAAGUUCCGACAAGCACAUGAACGCCCCACAAUUAGGGCAGGGGGUGAGGGACAUUUACAAACCUUAAAUUACUCAAUGUCAAAUGUUAUUUUCGUAUUUUUCGAAAUAUUAGGUUUGUUAUGUUAUAUUUGUGGUAUUUUCACUCAAACAUACCACAUAAUGUUGCCUUUCAUUUGAAGUUCAAUUGUUACUGCCAUGGCCUUCUACAAACAUCCUCUAGAGAAUAGUUCAACCAAUAAACUACUCCUAAUACUUACGCUGCGUUGUACUUGUUGAAUGUUAUUUGUCUUUCUUCCAACUAGGAUAACUUUGCAGUGUUUAAAGGGGUAUAAGAGGUUUAGUUUUGUGAAAUAUAUUAAUUUGUUCAUUGAUCCAUUAUUAUGCAUAAAUCAUUGUCAUUAGUUUGAGGACAGAGAAAGUCAUACAAAUACCAAAGUUUGGAGAUGUCCCCCUUCUGAAGUUCCUGGUAAUAAAAGUAUAUAUAUAUAUAUAUAUAUAUAUAUAUA